AUGGGCGAACUCCAGCACUAUCCGGCCGAUACACCCAACGUGCCCUUCGCACAACGCCCGAUCAUCAUUCUGGGUGCGGGCAUUAUUGGCUGUGCCGCAGCGCGACAGCUUCUACAGGACGGCUUUCCAGUCAUCUUGGUCGCGGAGUAUCUACCUGGUGAUCAAGAUUUUCGCUAUGCGUCCGCUUGGGCUGGAGCGGCAUGGCAUCCAGCGGGCGGGAUCUGUUCGGAAUGGCGACAUCUUCAAGCCAUCAGUCAUCGCCACAUGCUGAAAAUGGCACAAGAUGAACCCGAAUCUGGAGUCAGCAUUGUCGAUGCCCUGGAGUAUGUCGAACGACCCCCCGCUGAAAACUCGUCGGCAUGGGGAAGGACUCUGGCUGCCAAGUGGCGUGACUUACAACCGGGUGAAUAUCCAUCAGAAUUCAGCUGUGGAUGGUCGUACGAGACUCUCGUUACCGAUCCCACCAUCCACAUGCCGUAUCUGGGCAAGAAGAUCACUGCUCUGGGCGGCCAGUUCAUUCGCAAGCGGGUAGAGGCUCUUGAAGACCUCUAUCACAUGUUCCCCGAGUCAAGUAUCUUCAUCAACGCUAGCGGAAUCGGAAGUCAGACCCUCAAGGACGUCCAAGAUGACCAGUGCUUCCCGGAACGGGGGCAGAACGUGUUCUACAAGACGGAAAACUGUCGCACAAUGUACUUCCGGAACGGCCAAGAAUACACCUACGUUAUCCCUCGACCUAUGUCACAUGGUGUCAUCUUGGGAGGCGUCAAACAAGCCGACAACCUAUCCUCCGAGCCAGACAUGGAAAUCGCCCGAGAUGAGAUCGCACGCGCACACCGUCUUGCGCCCGAAAUCGUUCCCGAGAACCCACCCGAAGACACCCUCAGCUACAUCGUCGGCAUCCGGCCCUCGAGGAAGGGUGGCUUCCGCUUAGACUCAGAGCAGCACGAAAACCGGUACAUCCUCUCAGCCUAUGGAUUCGGCGGAGGCGGUUAUGCCUUUUCGUACGGAGUCGCCGAUGCAUUGUGCAAGAUGGUGGAAAAGGUGGAGCGAGAGAAUGUGAUCGGAUCUGAUCCUUGUGAUCGAGGGUGCUGA